AUGAGUGACUCAGAUUCAGAUGAGGAAGAGGAUCUUGUACGCAACAAAUCUAACUUUAAUCCUAUUAAAGGACAAAACGAAAUUUUAGAUGUUGUUUGUGAGACAUUAAAUAAUUUGCCUCUGAAUAAUAACGAAAACCGCAAAAUAAAAUGCAAUCUUACAAUAGAAGAGAAGAAUGCACUUAAAUCAUUGUCGAAUGAUGAAUCCAUUGUAAUGAAAGAAGCGGACAAGGGUGGCGCUGUUGUAAUCAUGGAUUCUAAGUUUUAUAAAACUCAUAUAAUGAAUAUGCUAUCGAACGUCGAGUACUACGAAGAAAUACCAAACAACAGCGAUAGAAAAACAAUGCAGAAAAUUAAGAAUCUUUUAAAACGUCAUAAAACAUCAUCGAGUUUAACAGAAAAAGAAGAAGACUUCUUAAUUGAUUAUGAAUAUAGUGAAAGCAAUUUUUAUGGACUGCCAAAGAUUCAUAAAUCUAGAAAAAUAAAAGAGGCCAUCAAAUCCCAAUGCUCGGAAUACAUAACUUGUCCUUAUCCAGACGAUCUCACUUUCCGACCAAUAGUAGGAGGACCAUCAGCACCAACGCAAAGACUUAGCAAUCUACUAGACAUUCUUCUAAGGCCAUUAUGUUCUGGAGUCAAAAGUUAUGUACAAGAUGACUUCGAUUUUCUCCGCCAUUUACCAGAGAAAGUUGAUAUAAACAGCAAGCUCGUUACGUUGGAUGUCAUAAACUUGUACAGUAAUAUAUCAAGUUCCCUGGGACUUGAAGCCGUAGAAUACUGGAUCAGUAAGGAUCCUGAAAAAAUUAACGGCAGAUUUUCAAGCGACUUUAUUUUGGAAGCAACAGAAAUAGUGCUGACAAAUAAUACUUUCACAUUUAAUGGAAAACAUUUGAAACAAAUAAAAGGAACGGCUAUGGGCACAAAAAUGGCUCCGACAUAUGCCACCUUAACAUUAGGAUACUUAGAAGAGAAAAUGUAUCAAAAAGUGGGAGAACAAUUCAACGAAGAGGUAAAAAAUUAUAUUAUUAAUUACUGGAAAAGAUAUCUGGACGAUUGCUUUAUUGUAUGGAAAUUCAGCGACAACGAAUUAUCUACCUUUAAAACAUUGCUGAACGAACUUAAUCCUGAUAUAAGAUUUACAGCGGAAGAAAGUACGGAUAGAAUUCCAUUUCUGGAUAUUUUGUUAAUUAAGGAAAACGACGUCAUUUUGGCAGAUAUCUAUUACAAACCUACAGAUACGCAUCAGUAUCUUCAUUUUAAUUCGUGCCAUCCACGACAUACGAAAAGAGCUAUACCUGAUAACUUAGCGAGGAGAAUAUGCACCGUCGUUCAUGACGAAUCAAUCAGAAUACAAAGACUACAAGAACUUAAACCUCCUCAACCCUGUGCAACAAAACAGGACAAAUUCCAAGAUCCUACCAUUAAUAACGACACAUAA